AGCACCCCGUCACGUGACAGAGCCGGACUCAGUCAUGGCGUCCUCCCGGAGACGGCUGGUUUGUUUACGCUCCGGGAUGUGGAGCCUGUUGUUUUACUGUGUUUACUCUCAUCUGAAGCCGGUUCUGACUGAGGAGGUUCAGAGCUGCGAAAACCUGAGACUCGGACAGUAUCUCUGUAACGAUCCAAAGAUCGACGAAGCCACUCAGGAGCCGGAGAACUGCAGGGACACGACGGCCUGGGUGGAGUGCCUCCCAGCUCCGAACAUCAGCUGUCGACUCUCCAACGGGACGGAGUUCAGGUUCAGUGGGAGGGAGGUCGGCUUCAACAAAACCAUCUCCUGCAGGAACGUGAGUGGUUAUUCCUAUAAAGUCGCCGUGGCGUUGUCUCUGUUUCUGGGCUGGCUCGGGGCGGAUCGCUUCUACCUGGGAUAUCCUGCUCUAGGAUUGUUGAAGUUCUGCACCGUUGGUUUCUGUGGAAUCGGCACUCUGAUCGACUUCAUACUGAUCGCCAUGCAGAUUGUGGGUCCAGCAGACGGAUCAAACUACAUCGUGGAUUAUUACGGCGCCCGGCUGACCCGCCUCUCCAUCACCAACCAGACGUACAGGAAGCCUCACCUGUCUCUGUGAACACACCUGGACACACAGGAACACAGGUCUCUCCAUAAGCAUUUAAGAGCUGAGGAUAUGCUUUGAAAUCUUUAUCGACACUCUGAGUCUGAACAUCAACAAACAGAGGAGUUAAACAACAAUUCAUUCAAACCUGCAUCAACACGACCGAUCAGAAGACGUUUAAAGGGCCGUUCUGUUUGUUUUCCUGUAAACCUUCACAUUCCUGACGAUUGGUUUCCAAAUCAUUCAUCAGAUUUUACACUGAGCUCCUUUAGUUUCGCUUCAUCUACUCAAAUCAAACAUUUAAAUACAGUAGUCCUCAGGUCACGUUUCUAUCCUCACAUCUGUCCGGCUGUUCAGUCUCUUGUGUGUUUUCUGUUGAUAUAUUUAUUCCGAUUUUCAUUGGAACAUGCUGUUUCACUGCUGUCGUGUCUUUAAGUUAUGAUGUUUCUAUGUAAAUAAAGUUUCUUUUUGUGAUGA